AUGAGUUCAGACAACGUUGUUACUUCUUCAGUACUCCCAGAUUCAUAUUCACUAGCUCGAAGACACUUGCAGUUGAGUCGAGCAAAGCUGAAAGCCACUAGUCGAGUGUCUGCGCUGCUGGCGGGUUUCGCUAUGGUUGCAAUCAUUGAAUUGCAGGUUGCCGUCGGUGAAAGUAAACCACCUGAAGGAUUAUUGUUUGCUUUCACGAUUCUUUCAUGUCUUCUCGUUGUCGUGCAUAUAAUGGCUGUAAUGAUAAGUACUUGUAUCUUGCCACAUAUUGACUCAUACACGGUCCCUCAAGACUGUUAUUUGAUUGAGGAAGCACCGCACAACAGAUUAAGAACAUUUGUUGAAGUUGCAUGGAUUUGCAGUACUGUCGUUGGCAUUAUUUUGUUUUUAGCUGUGCUUGUCUGCCAUAGCUGCAACAAUUGUUUUGAUACCGGCCAUGCUCAUUUUCGUCAUUUUCGCCAUAUUAUUUUAUCGUGCGCUUACUACCUACAAAGUUGA